CACCGCGGACCCGCCCCUCCGGCCAGCCACGUGACUGCGCGGGACCCUGCGGGGGUCUGCGCCGCGGCUCGCGCAGGUGAGCUGCUGGCGCAGGCCUCCAGGAGCUGCCCACACGGCCCCAGAUGAGCAGACAUUCACCAUGGCUAUGCUGUGGCCACCCUGUUCCCGGCUGCUGGCAGCAGUGUGCACCCUCAUCUCUUUGACCACAGUCAUCCUCAUGGGGCACAUCCUGCUAUGUGACUUUCCAGUGGUCCCCCAAGAACUGCGAGACUUCCCCCAAGAACUGGAAGAGACUGCCCGAGUUCACCAGCCAGCAGCUGGCAGGCCAGAGCCCCAGGAGCACCCGGGCCAGCCCAGAGCAGCACCAGCACAGUGCGACAUCCCUCCCAACAGCCGCUUUGACUGUGCUCCGGACAAAGCUGUCACCCAGGCACAGUGUGAGGCCCGUGGCUGCUGCUAUGUCCCAGCAGGCCGGGGCCCAGGGGGUCCCCUGAUGGGGCAGCCCUGGUGUUUCUUUCCCCCCAGCUACCCGAGCUACCGCCUGCAGAACCUCAGCUCGUCAGAAAUGGGCUACACAGCCACAUUGACCCGCGCUACCCCCACUUUCUUCCCCAAGGACAUCCUGACUUUACGGCUGGACGUGUUCAUGGAGACAGAGAACCGCCUCCACUUCACGAUUAAAGAUCCUGCUAACAAGCGCUAUGAGGUGCCCUUGGAGACCCCGCGAGUGCACAGGCGCACACUGUCCCCACUGUACAGUGUGGAGUUCUCCGAGGACCCCUUCGGGGUGGUUGUGCGCAGGAAGCUCAACGGCCGGGUGCUGCUGAACACCACCGUGGCGCCCCUGUUCUUCGCUGACCAGUUUCUGCAGCUGUCUACCUCCCUCCCCUCUCAGUACAUCACUGGCCUUGCUGAGCACCUCAGUCCCCUGAUGCUCAGGACUGAAUGGACUAGGGUCACCCUCUGGAACCGGGACUUGGCCCCCUCGCCCAGCGCCAACCUCUAUGGAUCACACCCAUUCUAUCUGGCCUUGGAGGAGGGCGGCUCGGCCCAUGGGGUCUUCCUGUUGAACAGCAAUGCCAUGGAUGUGGUCCUGCAGCCCAGCCCAGCCCUCAGUUGGAGGUCAACAGGUGGGAUCCUGGAUGUAUAUGUGUUCCUGGGGCCAGAGCCCAAAAGCGUGGUGCAGCAGUACCUGGAUGUCGUGGGGCACCCCUUCAUGCCACCGUACUGGAGCCUGGGCUUCCACCUCUGCCGCUGGGGCUACUCCUCCACUGCCAUCCUCCGCCAGGUGGUGGAGAACAUGACCAGGGCCCACUUCCCCCUGGAUGUGCAGUGGAAUGACCUGGACUACAUGGAUGCACGGAGGGACUUCACUUUCAACAGGGAUGGCUUUGCAGACUUCCCAGCUGCCGUGAAGGAGCUCCACCAGGGUGGCCGGCGGUACGUGAUGAUCGUGGAUCCUGCCAUCAGCAGCUCGGGCCCUGCUGGUACUUACAGACCCUAUGACGAGGGUCUGCGGAGGGGAGUUUUCAUCACCAAUGAGACUGGGCAGCCACUGAUUGGAAAGGUGUGGCCCGGACCCACUGCCUUCCCUGACUUCACCAAUCCCAAGACCCUUGACUGGUGGCAGGAUAUGGUGUCCGAGUUCCAUGCCCAGGUGCCCUUCGAUGGCAUGUGGAUUGACAUGAAUGAACCGUCCAACUUCGUGAGGGGCUCUGAGCAUGGCUGCCCAGACAACGAGCUGGAAAACCCUCCCUAUGUGCCUGGAGUGGUUGGUGGGACCCUGCAGGCAGCCACCAUCUGUGCCUCCAGCCACCAGUUCCUGUCCACACACUACAACCUGCACAACCUGUACGGCCUGACUGAAGCCAUUGCCUCCAACAGGGCCCUGGUGAAGGCUCGGGGAACACGCCCCUUUGUGAUCUCCCGCUCAACGUUUGCUGGCCACGGCCGAUACGCCGGCCAUUGGACAGGGGAUGUGUGGAGCAGCUGGGAGCAGCUUUCCUACUCUGUGGCAGAAAUCAUACAGUUUAACCUGCUGGGGGUGCCCCUGGUCGGGGCAGAUAUCUGCGGCUUCCUGGGCAAUACCUCGGAGGAGCUGUGUGUGCGCUGGACCCAGCUGGGUGCCUUCUACCCCUUCAUGCGGAACCACAAUGACCUGCACAGCCAGCCCCAAGAGCCAUACAGAUUCAGCGAGCCCGCGCAGCAGGCCAUGAGGAAGGCCUUCGCCCUGCGCUAUGCGCUGCUGCCUUACCUCUACACGCUGUUCCACGGUGCCCAUGUCAAGGGCCAGACCAUCGCCCGGCCCCUCUUCCUGGAGUUUCCUGAGGACCCCAGCACCUGGACUGUGGACCGCCAGCUCUUGUGGGGGGAGGCUCUACUCAUCACGCCUGUGCUUGAGCCCGGGAAGACUGAAGUCACUGGAUACUUUCCUUCGGGCACGUGGUAUGACCUGCAGCUGGUACCAGUAGAGGCCUUGGGCAGCCUCCCGCUUCCGCCCCCAGCAUCUCUCAGCCCCACCAUCCACAGUGAGGGGCAGUGGGUGACGCUUCCAGCGCCUCUGGACACCAUCAACGUCCACCUGCGGGCUGGGUACAUUGUGCCUAUGCAGGCUCCCGGACUCACAACCACAGAGUCCCGCAAGCAGCCCAUGGCCCUUGCUGUGGCCUUGAGUACCAGUGGAGAGGCCUUUGGGGAGCUGUUCUGGGAUGAUGGAGACAGCCUUGGGGUGCUAGAACGCGGGGUCUACACGCACAUCAUCUUCCUAGCCAGGAAUUGUCAGGUAUCCUGGGGUUGGCAGUGUCAGGUUCCCUGUCUCUUCAUGUCCACACAGAGGGGGCCCCCAGAAUACUGUGACCUUGGCCAUCCCCGUCACACUGUCUAUGGGAAAGUAUUUCUGCAUCAGCUGGUCCUAGGGGCAGCAGUGCCCAUCUUUCCAGGGAGGCACCGGCAGAGCUGCAGCUCCCGGCGGCUGGGGGCCAGAGGCACCAAGUACAGGAUGACUGUCAGGCCCAUCUGAGAGACCACAACACGCACACUCACACACCAGUGUCAGUGCCUCCUCGGCCACUGUGUUAGGACAUCAUAAGGUGAGCCUGGCCUCCUCUGCCCUGUCCCCAUGUGCAGUAGUGUCAGCUGUCACCACUGCCAUCUGUCCCCGAUGCUAGAGAAGGUGGGAUAUUCAGGACACAGACUGUACCUGCACAAGGUCAAGCCAUCUGGCCGCAGCAGUUGUGAACACAAUGAAGGAACAAAGCUGUGACACUGUGGAGUCCAGAGACUCAAGAAGCUUCUGCCUGCAGUUACAAUUAAUUAAAGGGACACUGAGAAUGAGCACCUGCCAGUCCUUCUGGGCUCCAGGGCCUGAAGAGUGCCCGAGGGCCUCAACAUCCCUGGUAUGUCGCCACCUGCCUGACAGGACAGCACCCUUUCUGUCUCCAUGGCACCUCAUGUCCCCAUAUCACCCUUCCUGUCUCCAUGUCAUCUCGUGUCUGCAUGGCACCUGUCGGGUCCGUUUUGCCUCUCACCCUGUCACCCAAAGUUCCCUGAUUGCCUGAUGUCCCAUGUCACUCCUCCUCCUAGGGUAACGAAAAUGCCCAGCAGGGCUGACUCCACAAGUGGGGCCCACGGCCUCUGCUGCAGAGCUGUCCCUAGGUAAGGAAAGGAUGAGUUCUGGCUCAGGUCCACCCGGCAAGUCUGAAGAAAAGAAAGAACCCACUAUGUUGGGUUCGCAACCAGCGAGUCCUGUCAGAAACCGUGUCUUGUCACCAGGACUGAUGGGGCCAGAGAGACGGGCCUGUGAUUGCCUCUGAGGCGAAUCCAAACAGCAUCAUGAGUACAUGAUAUGGGAGCGCACACCAGGCAGGUGGCUGUGCCGUUGUUCCGGUCAUCAUUGACCGCAGAGGCCUCUUCCAGGUGGCUGGGUCCUGUACCCCAUCUGUCACUCUGCCUGUGUGGACCUUCUCAGCAGUGUUACAUCCCAGUGGUCAUACAGAAAAGGGACAGCAGUAAUAGCCAGAUAGCACUUUAUCCCCACACCCUGGCUAUGUGUCGUGUUAGGCAGCAGUGGAGCCAGGAGUGGUGACACGCAGCUGUGAUCCCAGCACCUGGAAGGCUAAAGCUGUAGGACUACAAAUCCCAGCCCAGCCUGGGUGACUUAGUGAGAUCCUAUCUCAGAAAGAUGUAAAAAGGCUGGGGACAGAAUUCCAUGCAAAGGCCCUCAGUUCAAUUUCCAGUGCUUGGAAGGAUAAAGGUACCUGGGGAGAAAACAGGAUGGAAGGAGGGUGGCCCCUCCCUGGGUGGCAGACCCCCAAACCUUGCCAGCACAUGUGGCAGCAGGUUGAGGGUGCCUGUCCCUGACACUGCCAGGCUCCUAGGAUGAAACUGUCAGGAAGGGCUGACAGUGUAGUGGCCUUCAGGCUGAACUGGCCAUCUGUGUCUUCAACUCUUGUGCCAUCACAGAGUCCCAAAGGGUGACUGGCCACUGCCCCUGCCUUGCGGGGUUACUGGGAAUUCUCAUCCCCAUUGGGCCAGUGUCCUGUGCAGGAGGGGACAGGAUGAGGAGAUGUGGGCUCCGUUCUCGAAGGAGCCACACAAUAGCAAACCACGAUGCAUACUUAGCCUGCAGCCUGGUGGCAGCCAGUGCCUUUGCUACCAUUUGUGACCACAUGUGGCACAGGUCCUGCUGCACUUAAGUGGAGAUGUCCUGGUGUCUGGGACCACUGGACCUGAUGCAGGGGUCUCAACUUGGUUCCUCCAGAGGGGCUCCCAGAGGCCUCCAAAGCAAGGUCCAGUGCUCAGACCUGGUGAAUGUUUGCAAGCCAGUAAUGCAUGUAGUGGGAGCUGGCUUCCCAGGCACAGGCCCUGUGGUCUCACAGAACUCAGAAGGGCUUGCAGUUGGGAUAAUGCUUUGCUACCACCUGAGACCCUGGGUGACUCUCACAGGGGCCCUGCAACAUUCUCAAGUCUGCAUGGGUCCUGCAGAUUAUAAAGCUUCUGGGAGCAGGAUUUGUCUUCCCUCCCGCUGAUGUUGGUACAAAUUAAUAUAAAGAUCCCCUUCUUCCUUUGGUGAGGAAGCUGGGAUAGAAAGUGUGAGGGACAUUUGUGCAGGGGUCUGUGUUCUGAACGCGUCCCGAGCCCCUGUGCACCCAGGAGUAAGGAUGCUGCUUACACAGCCUCCCACUCCCACCCCGGAGGUUCUCAGCUGCUCUGCAGACCUUGAUAUGCAUCAAUCUGUGAGGUCACCUCCAGAGAUACCCUCUAGUGGCCACUUUGGGACCUGCAGGCCUUAUUCCUAUUUGUUGGAGGCUUACAGAGGGAACUAGGAGUGGUUCCCCAACCCCUACAAAAGACCACACAGCUGGGACCACGUUGGGUAGGGGCCACAGAGGGAAGGCUGGCUAAGAGGAGGUGAUCUGAAGCGCUGGGCUACCCACAGGCCGAACACGUGGUGAAACAGCUGAAGCAAGCAAGCCAGACCAGCCUCUGUGGCACUGCCACCUACAGCUACUCCCCAGGCCCCGCUACUGUGGGGAACCUAGUGGAACACCACGUGAGGUCUGUGUGGGAAGGACAGGAUGGAGUCUGGGAAUAAGUCUGCUUUUCCUGGCAUACGCUGGGCACAUGCUUAGGCCCUUUGGAUAAAACUAAAGCAGACAGUUCUUGUCAUUACUGAGGUAAUCGAUGGACAAUGUGCCUGACCCAGGGUAUUGAUCAAAAUGGAAAUGCUCACAUUAACCCUGAUAUAAUAAAGCCAGGUUGUGAAGAAAGGGUUUUCCCAAGGACUGCUCGGGUACCUGCAACUUACCACAAAAAGUACUUUUUUCUUAUUUUUUGUAGUAGGGGUUGAAUGCAGAGCCUUGGCACUUUUUUUUUUUUUUUCUUUUCUGUAUUUUAGGGGUCUACAGGGUAUUCAGGGUCUCACUACUAAAUCGAGCUUAUAAGGGGCUGAGGAUGGCU